AUUGAAGCCGGGACGUUAUGGACACCAACGCGCUUUUCGAUCUCUUCCACGAGGUGCAGGGCCAGCUUUGGGUUGACAAGGUGAACGAGACGCACAGAAUAGGCCGUCUCUGCCAAUGGGUGUCGACUUUUCAUCCCAACAAGCUUCCUUGUCAACUUGACGGUACCUUUCACCAUGGCGCAUUCAAUGCUGGUAUGAAGAUGGUUUUCAGUGACAGCACCGCCUGGAUGGUUCGUUUUCCUCGUGUGGGUAGGGUCUGUGACAACUAUACCGAUGAGAAAGUUGCCAUGGAGGUGAUGGCCCUUAGAAUCAUCCACGAUAGGACUAGCAUUCCCGUCCCGAGAGUCCAGGCGUGGGGUCCCGCUGCCAGCAACCCACUUGGCCUAGGCCCAUUCAUCAUGAUGGACUUUAUUAAUGGUGUGAGCCUUAGUGACCUUCUCCAGGAUCCUAACUCCAAGCGCCCUAGUAGAGUCGUGAGGGAGGACAUCAGUGAUAGUGAUAUUGAAGUUAUCUAUAGACAGUUGGCGAAUUUUCUGCUUCAGCUUUUCAAGCUUGAUUUUGACCGGAUCGGCAGUCUGGUGUCACCACAGGCUGAAGCCCAAAGCCCUGAGCUGCCACGACCGCUAACAUUCAAGGCACAUAGCAUCCUGCAAGAUGGAGGAGUUGACACUUUCGGUGACCAAGCCCAGGGGUUCGCGACGACGACCGAGUAUUUUCAAUAUGUCGUCGGACAGGACUGGGAGCAGCUCGUUCAUCAGCCAAACUCGACUGUUGGUCCAUAUGAUGCCAAAAACAAAUAUAUGGCGUUCAAGGUCCUAAAAAGCCUAAUACCUGACUUAGUCCACACGAAGUAUGACUCUUGCAAAUUCAAGCUGAUUUGUGAUGACCUUGGCUUGGCCAAUCUGAUAGUCCGUGGCAAGGAAGACCUCACUGUUAUUGGGGUAGUGGACCUUGAAUGGUCAUACAUUGGACCUGCCCAGCUAUUUGGCUCGGCACCCUGGUGGCUUCUCCAAGACAGGCCCGUUAACAGCACUUGGGACUAUAAUGGCGACGACGAGCCACCCAAGAUUGCCGCCCGGUACUUCAAAUACCUGGAGAUUUUCAUGCGUAUCUUGGAGGAGGAAGAGGCAAAAAUGCCAGAGUACAAAGAUGGGGAGCUCUCUAGCCUUGUAAAGUGGUCGCAAGCCUCUGGGGCCAUGUGGCUACACAUGCUCCUCUCAUCUGGCUUUAAUGACCAUCACAGCUUUCCUUUUACCCAGCUGCACCAUCAUUUAGGCGUUGCUGAGUGGGCAAGGCGUGAGGAGGAAUUUGAGAACACCAAAGAGCUUGAGGCAUUCGCAGCGUGGAAGGUAAACGAGUUAGAUAAGUAUGAUGAAGUCUUGGAGAAGAUGGAGGAGAAAAAAGCGCUCGUGGACAGUGGGGAUAUAACAAAGGAGGAAUUCAUUGCCAAUGCUCUAAUAGAGCUAAGCCAUGUCUCCUGUUCCUCGCCAUUAUGAUCAAUGAUGAGAUGGAGAUAACUAAUAGUAGAAUAUUCUACAAGUUAGCUGUCUGGCUAGGCUUGCAAGCUGCAAAGUUGAGAGAGGCUACAAGGAUGGGAUGAAGGGAAAUUGCAUGCUGGCUGCUAGUGUGGCUACUGUCAGGGUUGCGGCUCGAAGCUUGCUGCAUAUCACUUUGUCAACCUUGCCACUUUAUAUAUGUGGUGAGUGCUUGCAACACACAAUGUUGACUUUUAUGCUUGAUACUAUCAAUAGCCAAUAUACC